GCAGAACCAACGAUCCAAAUGUCAAACCCAGUGGUCACCAAUCAACCAGGUGCAGGCGGCUAUGGGACAAAUGUCCAAACGGGGGACUGGAGCACUGGCCUGUGCUCCUGCUGCAGUGACGUAUUGAUCUGUGCUCUUGGUUGCUGCUGUCCAAUUGCAUUGAGUUGCUACACAGCAAAUAAGUAUGGAGAAAACUGUUGCUUGGGUUGUGUGCCGGGAGGCAUAACAGCCAUGAGGACUCACAUGAGACUGACCUAUGGUAUUCAGGGGACAAUAUGCAACGAUGCCUUGAUGACAUUUUUCUGCGGACUUUGUGAAGUGUGCAGGAUGGCACGAGAAAUCCGCAUCAGGAGUGGAGAAGUUUCAUCAUAACAGCAAUAAAGGAUCCUAAC